AUUUGUUGAUUCAUGACUUAAUUGUUGGAAUUGGAGUAAUGUGUCAUUUACCUUAUUUUAGAGAUAUAGGGGAAUAGAGAUUGAACCUAUUCUAGUCUUUCACACACUAUUAGAUUGUAAAUCCUUAAACUUUGUACCGAUACACAUGAUCACUUGUCCAAGAAGUGUGCCAGUGCUUUAUUAUAUAUUUUUUGUCAGUUGCGGUAAAAACUUCCAGACUUAUUUUUCCUAAAGCAAUGAAUUUCAUAUUUAGACUAGCUAUCUAAAAUAUUCUGCUUUUGCAGCCAAUUUCAUUAUUCAGUUGCAGACAAAUUGUCUAAAAUGGUAAAUAAUCUGUUCUCAAAAUAAUAACAAAUUUGUCUUAUUAGCUCCACUCUUAUUUGACGAAUAAGUCUGGCUUCCAGAAUGCCAUGGCAUUAAUAACUACUUUAAUUUUAACCUUAACUCAAAAACAGUUUAAGAUACCGGUAAUUCGAAUGAGUCUGGGCACAUCAGCUGCCAUAGAUAAUACACAGUUAUGACAUGUCCCAAAACAGUGGCUCAUGGUAUUUAGGCAGGUAUUCAGGAUUGUUUAAGAAUUCCAUGACUGAUUUUUAGUAAUUUCUUUGAUUUUGCAGGUAAAGUAACGUGUCUGAAGCACAGUUCAAAAUUCAACCAUUUUAUGUGUUUAAAACAUAAUGUCCUUCUAUUGUAUAAUAUGUGUUAUUUCAAAACUCUUUUUGUCAUGAAUUGUGUCAUUAGUUAUACUAAAUAAACAUUGGACUUCACAAUUAUUAAUUGUUUAAAAACUGCCUGUUUACAGAUGGGGUCUUGGCCUGAUAUGCUGGGAGGUGAUGUCACUGGGGAAGGUCCCGUAUGCAGGUCUAGAUGAGCAGACGUACAAACAGACAGUGCUUGAUGGGUCACGCCCACCCAUGGGUGCCUAUAUGCACAUGUACAUGUAUCGUGUGCUGAAGAGCUGCUGUCAAUAUUACCCGGAUGACAGACCAAAUGCAGAGCAAGUGCUCAACCAGCUACUGGAUGUUCAGGGAAGAGUGUCUGAAUCUGAAGAAACUGCCAUAGAAAAAGAAAGGCGCCAUGGACAACCAUUGAACUCGAGACAGCCUGUGAUCCAGUCCUGUGAUGCUGUUAGACAGAAACGACCACAAGGGUCGGAUGAUGUUCGCCAUUAUAGUCCUGCUAGUAAAUCCACUAUUGAUGCUCACCAAAAACAGCUGCCAAAAUCAAAAGAAGAUGUGUCUGUAAUCCUAAACCCUAAAUUUGGUGCACGGUUUGCUAACAAACAUUCCAAUAAAGCCGAAGUCUGUGAUCAAGAUACAUUUUCCACCAAACAUACUGGUUUUCCCAAUGCAAAUCCUGGUGCUACAGGCAGACCAAGUGCUCGACCAAAGGCCUCCUACCAGGAGCUACAACAGAAGGAUCAGCGGAAGUCACCUGCCCAGCAAAACCCAACCACCCAUCAUCACCCAACCACCCAGACCCAGCAUCGCCCAACCUCCAAGACCCAGCAUCGCCCAAAUACCCAGACCCAGCAUCACCCAACUACUGAACAUCCACCAAGCACUGAGACGCAGCAUCACCAAACUACCCAACGUCAACCAACCACCCAGACCCAGCAUUAUCCAACUGCUAAACAUCAGCCACAUGCUCAAUGGGGCCUGAUGCACAAUGAUCAGCAGAGGAAACAUGAACCCCUUGAGCGUCCUGGACAACUGUCAGCACACAAUAAGCAGAAGAAUGACAAACUUCAGGAUAAAUACACCAACCACUUCAGUAACCCUUCCGAUACAGGAGUUUUCCCAGCCAACUACUUGAUGAAUAACCCUGAAAGAAACCAUGAUUGCACAUCAUCCACCACUCCUCAGCAGGCAUUGAGGCCGGCUGAAAACGGUGUAAAGUUGGCAGACAGUGAAAUCCUUGAGACAGAAAUAUAAUGAAUCUCAAAAUGGCAGUUCCAUAUAUACUCAUUUCCGUAUCUAGACUAAAAUGGCAACUUAGCUGUCAAUUGUUUAUAUUUGUGGAGAAAGUUUAUUUGGGCUAUUUGCCAUACUUUAGUUAAUGCUUUUAUAUAUUAAUUAACCAUAGGUUGACUUCCAAUAAGCAGAGAUUUAUUGGGAACAUGUAGUACGAAAAUUAAAGAUCUGAGAGUAAUUUGCCUUGUAUAUUCUUGUACUCAUAUUGCAGCCAUAAACAAGUUUAUGUUUUAAUACAGUAAAACUGCAGUGGUUCAAACAAGCGUUCGUUUGAAAACCAGCGAUCAGUCGAGGUGAAAGCUUAGUCCUGAGCAUUAUUCCUUCUAUAUUCAUAUAAAUAUACUGACGCUGGAUCGAAACCUAAAUAAGUGAAGGAGUCGAGCACCAUUGCCGGUCCUGAAUACACAAAUCAUGCACAAAACCUUAUGGUUACCUCAAGGUCAUUAUUCCACACAAUUUUCCGAAUGCAUGUUCCAAAAAAACUAGCAAUUGGCAGGUUUUUAAGUUUUCACAAGUUGUAAAAAUUGCAAUGACAGAUGAAAGUGAAUUUGAAACGUGUGAAAAACCGAUUAAAACCGUUUAUAUUUGAUAAGGGCAUUUGAGAAGAUACUUGUGAAAAGUUAAUGAUGAGAAUUUAAUCAUAAUCUUAUGUUGUUUGUUUACAAAAUAAGUGUUCUUUGAAAAGAUAAACUUUGUUAUUAUCCUUUUAUAUUUUUUUCUUUUCCAUUAAGUAUACGACAGCUUUUGAGCAUGUGAGCAAUUUCCACAAUGCUAUAAAUAAAUAAUCGGUGCCGAAACUAACGACUUAAAAAAUAUAUUGAAAAACGUUUCAUAAUAGAUUAAAAUUGGUCUUUCGAAACAUCGGAUUACUAGAGGUUUUAGCUUGUUUCCCGGCGUCCUCGAGCAAUCGCAGUUUUACUGUAAAACUAUUUUAUUUUGUAACUGUAUCAUAUGACACACCAGCCUGUAUUGUCACUUGUGAUAUAAUUCUAUUACAUUUAGUACAGCUAUGAAGCCAUAUUACUUAAGAAAUAAUGCAUAAUGAUGAAAUUGUAUUUCUAUUUUAUGUCCCUUGUUUGGCAAAUCAAGAAAUACUUUGUAUAUAUUUUGUGCCAUGAUAUUAUUGAAAAUUAUCACUACAGCGCAUUUUAAUAUGUAUGUAUAUCCAACAAUUAUAUAUGAAAGUGUCAAGUUUGAAGUUAUAUUUUUUACGCAGACUAUGUUUAUGUAUGACCCUCGUAAACUUUGCUUGUCUGUAUAGCCUUAACCAUGCGCCUCUAAACAGGCUCUGUGUUUAUUGUUUGACCAAGUACUGGGCUUGUCUCUGUGGUUUCCUAUGUAUUAGUUCAAGGACAGUAUUCAGAUUAUAGAUUUGUUGCUGUAAUUUAUUACAUGUUAUUUUAUAUUCUAUAAAGGCCCCACAAUUAUCAUUGUGGAUGCUCUAUAUUAAUCAUCUUGUCAUGGCAUUCUGUAAGUUUCCAAUUGUUUUCUUAAUAACUUUAAAACCAAAGAAUCAGCUAAAAACUUCAAAAUGGUUCAUCACAGUAACACUUUUUUACCCUAGUAACAUAACUGUAAUGUGAAUAUCGAUAAGUGUAGAACCCGGUAUAAACAUAUUCAAAGUGAACAAGUGAAUUUACUUUUUUUAUACCCCCCCUUUAAAGAAGAGGGGUAUAUUGCUUUGUACAUGUCGGUAGGUCGGUCCGUCGGAAGAUUAAAGUUUGUCCGAGUGAUAACUCAACAAUUCCUUGACGUAAGGUCAUCAAACUUGACAUGAAGAUAGGGCCUGACCAGUAGAUGACCCCUAUUGAUUUUAGGGUGACCUUGAAUGAUAAAAGGUUGUCCGAUUGGUAAUUUUACAAUGCCUGCACCCAUGGCCCUUAAUCUUGAUUUGGAGCUUGGGUCUGACCAGUACAAGAUCCCUAUUGAUUUUGGGGUUCAUCGGGCCAAAGGUCAAGGACACAUUGACCUUGAAUGAUAAAAGGUUGUCCGAGUGAUAACUCGACAAUGCCAACACCCAUGGCCCUCAAACUUGACUUAGAGGUUCGGCCUGACCAGUUAAUGUUCCCUAUUUGUUUUGGGGGGGCGUCGGACCAAAGGUCAAGGUUACAUUGACCUUGAAGGCAAAAUCGACAAUUCCUGGACCUAUGGUCAUCAAACUUGACAUGAAGGUUGGGCCUGACCAGUAGAUGACUCCUCUUGAUUUUGGGUUUUAUCAGGUCAAAAGUCAAUGUCACAGUGACCUUUAACACGAAAAAGUUAACAAAGCUUCUCCCAGUGAUAUCUCAACAAAGCCUGGACCUAUGAUCAUCAAACUUGAUUAGGGGGUUUGGCCUUUUAAUCUAAGAGGUCAUCGGAUCAAAGGUCAAGGUCACAGUGACCUUGAACGCAAAAAGCUUGUCUGUGUGAUGACUUGACACUGCCUGCACCCAUGGCCCUAAAACUUCACUUGGAUGUCCAUGCAUAUUUCAUUUAAUUGUCCAAAUAAUCCUGACAACAUGGCGCUUUGGGGGGAUAUAAUGUUUGACAAACAUCUCUUGUAUUAUAAGCUUUUGAGGAUUAGAUGAAAUAUAUCACAUUGUGAACUGGUGUGACUGGUUUGUUUUUGAAAUUGUUUAGUUGUAUAAAAAAAGUUAGAGCACUAUGUACUGAAAGAUGUGAAUGAAAAUUGAAACAACGAUUACGAGCAAUUAUAUAUUGAACUCAUGAACAUUUGAAGAACUUCAACUCUGUGGCUUGUGAUACUAAUUGAGGUAGUGAUGCAAAAGAAUUUAUUUUUCAUCAGAGCUUGAAAAGUAUGAGAUGAAAGUGAAUCAUUAAUUUAUGGCAAUGUUGACUUGUUACAUUUUAAAAACCAUAACUCUGAGACCUGUUGUUUAUAAAUUGCUUCCCUGUACAAACAAAGUAUGUUUGAAAAUUAUUCAUAACUUAUGCCAGUGUUGACUGGACAUAUUUUAAGGACCAUACAUUUGUGACCAGUGGUUAAUGCUGUGUUUCUUGAAUAAUUAUGGAAUAUAAAAAUAAUAUUUGAGCAUAGCUUUUGGCAUGUAGUUUAAAGUGCUAGCUUGGUUUUCUAUUUUUGUUUAUGACUUGCAAUACAUGACUGUAUUUUGUUUGUUGUAGAUUGAUGUUAUACGGAGUGUUUUGUUAAUAAAAGGAAUACUAAAACAUU